GGAGGCGGGACUUCCGGUCAUGCUUGGCAACUAAACCUUCCCGGAGACUGGCCGCUAUUGUGGAUCUAAAGAGGAGAUCUGGUCCCCUUGGUUUCUGGUGGCUGUUUGAAUUGGCACGCAUCAGUGAUGGAUUCGUCCCAGGGAGACUCUGAGCCGUGGUAUUCUCAGCGAGCAUAUGCAAGAUACUGGCAACAUUAUAACCAAGCCAUGCAGUGGAUGCAUAGGCACCAGAAUGCCUACAGAAAGGCGAUGUUGUCAUUCUACAAUUCCCCAUGGUAUUUCCCUGCUCUCCCUCCAAGCAGUCGUUAUGCAGACUGGGGUGGAGAUGACCAGUCAGUCAGGGAGGAUUAUUUGUCUUCCCAUGGUUGGCAUAGCAGAUCCCAGUAUCCUCGAUGGUCACAGCAGCCCCCUGGUAAUAGCCACAGUUACCAAAUGACCAUAAAAGAAGACCAGGUUUCCUCCACGGAAGAAGAGUCAGAUUCAGAUGAGGAAAUAGAAUGUGAUCUCAGUAACAUGGAGAUCACAGAAGAGCUCCGCCAGUAUUUUGCUGAAACAGAGAGACACAGAGAAGAGCUAAAAAGACAACAACAGCUGGAGGCAGAACAUCAGGAUGUUUAUGUAGAAGCUGACCAUGACCUGCACCCAACCACAGGUCGCUCUGUGCAGCCACCCUCAGAGAGGCCAGGAGAAAGGCGAAUGGUAGAAAUGAAGAAACUGUAUGGGGAAAGUGCAGCCAAGAUCCAGGCCAUGGAGACAGCCAUGCAGCUUACUUUUGACAAGAACUGUGAUAAAAAACAGCCCAAGUACUGGCCUGUUAUUCCUCUGAAGCUAUGAGCCACAUGAAGCCCCUUGCUGGAAACAAACACCCAGCUGAACCUCCAGGUACCCAGCUUAAUGAACACAUUGUUCUAUGAACAGAGACUCCAGGGAUUAUUGAUCCUCUUCCCUUCCUCUUUCUAUUUUGGUGCAUCUCUCCCAACUUUGUAUCUUUUCUAGCUUCCAAGAAAAGAAAUUUGCCUCUUGAAACUUUGAUCUAUUUUGGUCCACUCACCCAAAUGCAAGAAGAAAUUUAGCAUGUAUUAAGGAUCUCUUUAUGGUAUAAAGUAAUAACUCUCCUGUUACAUUUUCUUUAAUUUUUAAAAAUCCCAUUGUAUCAGUGUAUUUAAGAUGUUCCAAACUAAACUGUUGUAUUUUUUUUGUGGAUUGUAAACAUUUUUGUUGUGCAGGAUAUAAAGAUUAUAAAUCUCAGAGUAAUGUGUGUUACUGUUUUAAACACAUUUUAUUAUAUUUGCAUACCUAAUUUUAUUUUUGUAUAUCUCCAAAGUUUUUGUCUCAGUUUGAUAACAGGAAUUGACAAAAAACUUCAAGAUUAAAGAAUACUUGUUGGAA